UUUUCAGAGUUCUUGCUUUUGUAUUUGUACCAUGUUUUCUGGAAGUGGAAAUGUUAUUUUAUCGCUUCUGGCUUUCGCAGUGGUUGUAGGGCAAGUUUACGGCCAAGGAAAAGACGCACGAAAGAAAAUGGAUUAUUGCCGUAAGAAAUGUGCAGACGACCCAAAACCUCUUUGCAGAAAAGCGAAAGAAUCUUUGAAAUGCAUGAGAGAUUUCUUUGCGUUCUGCAGAGAAUGCCAAAAGUUUGAAAGAGAGUUAGAGAAAUUGGUCAAAGAAACAAUAGUUACAAACAUCAACAGUGACUGUACGCCAGUAUGCCGCACCAAAUAUCGACGAGUUUGCUACCAUGGAAAAUGUAUCGUUAAAAGUAAAAAGAAGUGUAAACCAAGCUGCGCAGGCAAUCGAAAGCCAAAAGGCAAAUGUUCGACAAAAUGUCGAAAAGUCUACAAGAAAGAAUGUCAAAAUGGUAGAUGCACCAGGAAAGAGCGGCUGAUUUGCAAAGAAGAUUGCAAGGCUUAAUAAAACCAGCUGCUUCUUUUGAGACCAAAGAAUCAUUGUUGAAUUUAAAGAAUAAAUGAAUACCAAAUGCUU